AUGUGGCUGUUCCCUGCUCUGCUCCUCUUCCUCCCAGGCUUCUCCACUGCUCAGGAUCCAAUCACAGGGCCAGAUACAGUGAGAGGUCAGGAGCAGGGCUCCUUGACUGUGCAGUUCCGUUAUGACUCAUCCUGGAAGAAUAAGAGAAAGUUCUGGUGCCGAGGAGCUGAUUGGACAACAUGUAAGACCCUCAUUCAAACCGAUGCAUCAGAGCAGUUGGUGAAGAAGGACCGUGUGUCCAUCAGGGACGACCAGACAGACUUCAUCGUCACAGUGACCAUGGAGGACCUGAGGAUAAGCGAUGCUGGCAUUUACUGGUGUGCGAUUGAGAGAAUUGGACAUGAUCCCCAUUUUAAAGUUAAUGUGAACAUUGACCCAGAAACUUCAACUAAAAUAAUGUCAGUCAUGGCCCCAGUCCUGACAACCACACUAAUUGUCCCUCAGGUCUUAUCUAGUCCCACCCACUCUCCCACCUCUAUUACUGAGACCUCUAUGUCCGGUGACAGCUUACUUUCUGUCUCCUUCAUUUCCUGCAGGUCCCUGCUGAGCAGCAUCUACUUCAAGCUCCUGGUCUUUCUGGAGGUGCCUCUGCUCCUGGGCAUGCUCAGUGCAGUCCUCUGGGUGAACAGGCCUCAGAGGUGCUCUGGGAGAGGUGAAGUUGGCCUGGUGAAGGCCCAGAGUUCUGAUGCCCAGGAAAGAGAGAAACACCUUCCAAAUGAUAGAAAAUAAUACCUCUCCCCCGGGUGUGUGUGUGUGUGUGUGUGUGUUUAUACAUUGUGGGUGCAUAUGUG